CGUAGGUCACUCGGUGGUGAGUUGCGGUCCCUCCCGGUGGUCAGGUAGGUUACUUCUAUUGCUCUGUCUAAGGUGAGACGGGGCAGUUUAUACUGUGGAGAAUAUACUGCCACACGCCCCCUUCUGACAGCUGAUCAGUGUCAAAGUAACAGAAAGCUACAUAAAGUCUUGCAUUUCGCUGAUGAGGCUUUAAAAAUGGCUCUGUGUGAGAAAGUGGCACUAGUCACCGGUGGAGCUCAAGGAAUCGGUAAAGCCGUGGCAGAAGCGUUACUCAAGAAUAAAGUUAAGGUCGCAGUGGUGGAUCUUAACCAUUUAGUUGGAGAAAAGUGCAAGAAAGAUCUCGAUCAAGAAUUUGGAAAAGAGAACAGUAUUUUUAUCCAGUGUGAUGUGACACAACGAGAGAAACUUCAAGGUGCCUUUGAGAGUACCGUGCAGCACUUUGGAAGACUGGAUAUUGUAAUUAACAAUGCUGGCAUCAACAAUGAAAAGAACUGGGAAAAGACAAUUGAGGUCAAUUUGACGUCAGUCAUCCAGGGCACAUACCUUGCUUUGGAUCACAUGAGCAAAGAACAUGGCAAGGAAGGAGGCGUCAUUAUCAAUGUCUCAUCCAUGGCAGCUUUUCUACAUUCCCCACACCAGCCAGUGUACACAGCAACCAAAUAUGGAGUGAUUGGGUUCUCUCGAGCAAUGGCAGACGCAGCUAUUGUUGGAAAUUAUGGCGUAAGGAUCAACGUGGUGUGCCCUGCCUUUGUGGACACUACCCUUCUCCAAACAAUUGAGCAAGAAGACAACAUGGGCAAAUAUGUCAAGUACAAGGACGAAAUCAAGCAGAGAAUGGACACAUUCGGAGUGCUCAAACCAGCACUGAUUGCAGAAGGCAUGCUAAAGAUUAUCAUGGACAGCAAUCUAAAUGGAGCCGUGAUGAAGAUCACCUGUUCCAAAGGCAUUCACUAUCACACCUAUGAGCCUGCUUCUGCCUGAGACUGGGCUGGAGUCUGACCCUGACCACACCAGAGCCCUGUAUGUUCCAGCUACAGACCAAACCAUACUGUAUGUGUCCUCUUCAACCCUGCGGUCUUGUUUUUGUUUGUUUGUUUGUGUUAGUAUCUUUGUGAGGCCUGCAGGUGUCAAGUUACCAAAGUGCACUUUCAUAAUAUUAAGGACUUAUUGGGCAAAGGGAUUAGCCAAACAUCAAGGGCCUAGAAACUAUUUUGAGCGAGCGUCUGAGAUUUAUAAAUGAUUAAUUAUCUCAGGCAAACUCACCGUGGUGAGAGUGUAUGAUUUACUGUAGGUCCUGGCAGCCCAAGGAUCUGUAAUGUAGCGGGACGGAUAUACUGUUUUAAUGAUUAUAGCCAUACUGUUCAUAUUUAUUAUGAUGUCCAAUUUACAAGUAUAGCAUUUAACAAAUGUUUAACAAAUGUUUUUUGAACUGCAAAAUAUGCAGCAUAUUGUCUUGAUUAUACAUUGUACUGUAAUGUCAAAUAUAUAACAUUUAUUCUAAAACAAUAUUUAAAAUAAAACAAUGUUUUCUAUAUCUA